AUUAAAUUAGAACUAAAAAGUUUCAUCUAAGUGUUUCCUUCAAGCUCCCACUUCGGAGAAAUGUACAUGGUGCGUUGGUCAAUCGUCGUCCCUCUGUUCCUCUGCUUUCUCGCCGUUCCGCCGGUGACUUCCCUACCACCACCUCCCACUGUAUGUAUAAUUGGCAGUGGUAUCGGCGCCUCCUCCGUCUCCCACUUCCUCCGCCAAUAUGCUCCGUCGUACAACGUCUCCACAGAUUUCAACAUUCGGAUGUUCGAGCGCCAUAACAUUGUCGGCGGUCGGAUGGCCACUGUCAACAUUGCUGGAGAUACAUUCGAAGCCGGAGCAUCCAUCUUGCACCCCAAGAAUCUUCAUGCCUUGGGAUUCACUGAGCUACUCAAUCUUACUGUCAAGAAACCCUCCUCUUCCGGUUCGUUCUCUCUCGGGAUUUGGGACGGCCAUAAAUUUGUCUUCAGAACCCUCACGAGCGGCCUCACCUCCACAGUUCCUUUUGUGGAUAAGAUCGUGGACCUAUGGAAUCAGCUCGUCAUGUUCCUCCGAUACGGCUUCUCGCUUCUAAGAAUGGAGGAAUUUGUUGAGGGAGCUGUAGAAAAAUUCUCCAAGUACUAUGAAGGCUUUGAAUCUAGGCCUGUUUUUGAGACUGUAAAUGAGAUGCUCAAUUGGUCUGGUUUGUACAAGCUCACCACUCGAACUUUGUAUGAGGAAUUAAUUGAUGCUCGCUUGUCUCAUUUGCUAAUACAAGAACUUGUCACUGUAAUCACAAGAAUUAACUAUGGCCAAAGUGUCUCUAUUAGUGGACUUGCUGGGGCAGUUUCGUUGGCAGGAUCAGGUGGAGGGUUGUGGUCAGUUGAAGGUGGUAACUGGCAGAUGGCUGCUAGACUAAUAAAUCAUUCAGAUAGCACAUUACACUUGGAAGAAGAAAUCAAGUCCAUCUCUUACCGAGGUGAAUAUUAUGAGGUCAUGUCUAACAAGGGAAACAAUUAUUCAUGCGAAGUUACUGUAGUUGCUACUCCUCUAGAUGAGGUGAACAUUCAGUUUACACCUCCGAUUAUAAUUCCCAAGAGAGAAUUGCAACAUACUCAUACAACAUUUGUAAGGGGGCUCUUAAAUCCUGUAUACUUCGGUCUGAAGGCUUCAUCAAAACUUCCAAAGUUGGUGGGUACAACGGAAACUGAGAAUGUACAAUUUUCAAGUAUUUCAGUUCUUAAGCAACAUGAUGAGAAUGAUAUGACUUACAAGAUAUUCUCACGUAAACCUAUGGAAGAUACUCUACUGGAUAAGAUCUUCAGCAUAAGAAAGGAGACGAUUCGGAUAGAUUGGGCUGCAUAUCCCCACUUCAAAGCUCCUGAAGUAUUCGCACCUUUUAUUUUGGAUGGUCAGCAUUUGUAUUAUGUGAAUGCUUUUGAGAAUGGUGCCAGUACCAUAGAGACCAGUGCUAUUGCUGCUGAGAACAUUGCACGACUCGUUCUCUCUAGAUUUCUUGCAAAGGUUGGCCACGAUUCAUUACAUUUCAAGCUUGAUUCUGGUCUAGAUGCUUCGCCUUUGCAUAUAGAUCUUUGAAUUCACCAUUUCUCUGUUUCAGAUUGUAAAAUCAUGUAACAUAUGCAUCAUGUAAAUCAUCAGGUUUUUGCUGUAUGGUGAAGAUAAAUAAACCCAAACUCAAAGUAGUUCUCUCUUAUAUCAUGUGGAAAUUUGAGGUUUGAAAGUUGUUAUUAAUUUUAAGUAUUAUAUGAAAAUCUCAAAAAUAGGUUCCGACUCCUUGA